AUGCUUGACGCUUUUUCAGCCACCAGGAAACCCACCGUUCUUUUCAUCGCCAACCCAUGUGAAACAUCAGCCACACUAAAUUCCAAAGAAUUCACAGAGAAAUUCGAUAUCUUGCGCUAUGACUUGGAUACCAAGGAAAAGUUUAUUCGUUUCCUGGAGGAGCAUGAAAAAGACAAGAUUACUGCUAUAUAUGGCGGGUUUCCUGCCUUUCACAGAAUUGGCGGAUUGAAUCGUGACAUCAUUGAACAUAGAUCAUUUCCUAGAAACGAUUUAAAAUGCAUUGUGCUUUGUUCGAGAGGCUGCAAUGGGCUCGACCUGGAUGCGUUACGUGAACACAAUAUUCAAUUGUACAACUACCAAGACGAUCAGGACGAAGGGUUGAUUGAAGACUUGAAACUUCAUGAAGUCGGUAAUGAUGUGGCAGAUUGCGGCUUAUGGCACAUCUUAGAAGGUUUCAGGAAGUUUUCAUAUGGUCAGAAACUUGCUAGAGAAACUGGGAACACAAUAGUGGCGAGAACCAAAGCUGCAGGGAAGGACGGAUUUGCUUUUGGUCACGAAGUGGGCAACAUGUUCAUUGAAUCACCAAGAGGAAAAAAAUGUUUGAUUCUUGGUCUCGGAAGUAUUGGCAAGCAAUUGGCUUACAAAUUGCAGAACGGAUUAGGAAUGCAAAUACAUUAUUGCAAAAGGAGCGAAGAAUCCACAAUCUCUGGAAGCGAAAACUGGAAGUUUCAUGGACUAGAUGACACAAUAUAUCCCAAGCUACACCAAUUUCAUGCUAUUGUUAUCACGUUACCUGGAACUCCUCAGACAGAGCAUUUGAUUGACGUGAAGUUUUUGCAGCAUUGCAAUUCAGAGUUGAUUUUAGUUAACUUGGGAAGGGGCGCAAUCUUAGACCCACAAGCCGUGUCGGAUGCCCUUGCGAAAGGACAAAUCAGACACCUUGGCGUGGAUGUCUUUUAUAAUGAGCCUAUUAUCGAUGAGGAAAUCAAAGUUUCUGACAAGCUUACCUCAAUUACUCCACAUUUGGGCAGUGCGACAAAGGAAGUGUUUGAGCAAAGUUGUGAGUUAGCAUUGGCAAAAAUUUUACGAGUGGCAUCUGGAGACGUGGCAGAAGACAAGUUCUUUUCACGUAUAGUUUGA